AUGUCAUCCGCGCCCCCAAGAAAGUCCUGGUGGAAAUGGACGAAGACAGUGAACAUCACAAGACCCCAUCCAGCCUUCCCUCCCCUGAGCGCCUGGGACGAGUGCUGGCCUGGCGACGAGGAGCCGAACCCUGGGGUGGACUUUGGUGUGGAGGAGGGUCUGCUUUGCCAGAUGGUGCACUCUCCGGAAUUCAACCUCUUUCCGGACUCAGUGGUGUUUGAGAGCAAUUUUGUCCAGGUCAGGAGGGGCAAAAACUGGAUAGACGUCUACAAGGCCUCCAACACCACGGCCCUGGGGGUGACCUCCUCUGUACCCUGCCUGCCCCUCCCCAACAUCCUCCUCAUGGCCAGUGUCAAGUGGCACCAGGGACAGAGCCAGACGUGGAACCAACCAUCAACAGCCCCAACUAUCAUCCUGAAGAGGAUCCUCCCCCUGAAGUUCGUGGAGCUCCAGGUCUGUGACCACCUGCAGCGCAUCCUGCGGUUGAGGACCGUCUCCGAGAAGAUCUACUACCUGAAGCUCCACCCUGACCACCCGGAGACCGUGUUCCACUUCUGGACCCGGCUGGUGCAGAUCCUGCGGAAGGGUCUGUCCAUCACGACCAAGGAUCCCAGCAUUCCAGUCACUCACUGCCUGGUCCCCAGGAGCUGCUGCAGCCCACCGGGGGACUACAAGCUAAUAGAGAAGGACCUUCCAGCCUCCCAGCCCAGCGAGAGCCUCAUGCAGCUGAUGGCUAAGGGAGAGAGUGAGGCCCUCGCCCAGAUUUUUGCCGACUUGCACCAGCAGAACCAGUACGGGAGCAGUAAAAAAAUGGAGACCAACAAGCACAGCUCAGAGAAAGACUCUGCCGGUGAAGAGAGCAUCCCUUGCACCCGAGACCUCAGCUGGAGGGACGCCUUCACCUUCGGGGAGUGGGAGCGGGAGAACCCCUCGGGGCUGCAGCCCCUCUCGCUCCUCAGCACGCUGGCAGCCUACACCGGGCCGAAGCUGGCCCCACCCAUAGGUGCGGUGAUGGGGUAG